UUGUAAGACACCAGUGCCUGGACUGCUGCUGAUUCAUUGAAGGACUUACUUGAUGUUGUACCAUUGCUGGUUGAGUACAGUAACCUCUGUCAUGAGCUGGAAAUCCUGGGUCGCUCAAAGAUGUUUUGUUUCUCUCCUCAUCAUCAAGGCAUCCUAUUCUGGUAAGACACUUCCAUGGCAUCCCUUCUGUUACAGUCAAUGGUGACUAACUACUUUAAUGUAAUGAGUAAUGUAUCUAAUAAAAAGGGUCACUGUAAUCAUGCCAUCUCUUAGAUGGGGUAGUAAGACUGACUGUGACCCUCUGUCUAUAGUUGAAUUUGAGAUCAGUGUUCCUAGUGAGCCUCAACUUGCCAUCGUGGGGCAGCAUGCGGUCCUAGACUGCAGCUUUCCUGUGGGAAAGGCCUGGGACCUGGACAACAGUGUGAUAACGUGGCAGAGAGGCCUGGAGGUGAUACACAGCUUCUACCACGGACAGGACAAACUGGACAGACAGAGCAGUCACUAUGCCAACAGAACCAGCCUGUACCACUCUGAGUUGGAGAGGGGUAAUGCCUCUCUAAGGCUGGAACGUACCAACCUGGGGGACAAAGGAGACUAUACCUGCUCUGUGAGCACACUGCUGGGCAGUGAGACGAAAACCUUUGCCCUGAAAUUAGCAGGUGUGAUAUCAUAUUAAACAUUAUUUUCUGCUUUGUGGACCGAGAAAUUUCUGAUGUUCUAGAAAAUGAGUUCUUUAUCACACUCAUUAGGGUUCCUUGUAAUGUACAAUGCUUACUGAGAUACUGUAUAUUCUUUCAUGCCAUUAAACUGUGUCCAUUGCCUCUUUUAUUUCAGCAUACUACCCUGAGCCACACCUGAAGUUCACAGCAUCUCCAAGAGAUGUGGAGCUACUCUUGACCUCACAGGGAGGGUACCCCCGACCCUCAGUGCAUUGGCUGGAUGACAGCGGUGAUGAUGUCACCAAUAACACAGUCACAAACAUCUCAGAGGACACACAGGGACUAUACACUGUGUUCAGUACACUAAAUCUACAGGGACAAGUCAACGAGACCAUCACCUUCGUCUUAAAGAACAAGGACCUGGGACAGGAGAUCAGGAGAGAGAUCACACUUUACUCAGGUACAUAGACAAUAUCCUGGAUUUGAAAAACAAUUGACAUUGCCUCUUUACUGAAUGAGAGAGAGAGGAGAGAGCGGGCGAGCAAGCAAGAGAGAGAAAUAGUGUUCAGUUGUUUAGACAUACAGUAUAAUCACAAUAUUCUACAUUUCUCUUCACAGCAAAUGAGAGGUCAUCAGUGGAAAAAGGCAAAAUUUCUGGAGACAACAGAAAGACAUGGAUAAUUAUUGUUCCUAUAGUGACAUUUGUACUGCUGUUGUUUGUACUAUUAAUGUCAGCAUUGAGAAAAACGUGCUAUGGGCCAUCACAGAAACCAUCACCUGUCUACCAAACACCAUCAGGCUCAUCAGUCAUCACAAAUAUAAUUUACUGUACUUCAUAAUGGAGAAAAAGACAACAUAUUUAGGAAUAUAUAAUGAAUGGAACUAUGGCGUCCAUAUGAUUCUUGCCAGUGUUUGUAAUGCUGCCCAUAGUAUUUUUCCAAGGAGUUGAUGCUAUAUUACUUUAUAGUUUACCAUGUACAUUUGGGUGCUACUUAGUUUCUUCUCAAACACAGAAAUGUUUGCCAAUUUAUUUAUUCAGAAAAAGAGACAAAAAGCGGAAUAAUAAUACAAAUAAAAAUAAAUGUAUGGAUUAAUUGCAUCAUUGAUUAGCUGCGUCUGAGUAAAGGUUGUUAAAACUGAAUUCUUAUAGUGAAUGUACAAUAGAUGUACAAUAUAUCGAGAACAGUACAGUGAUUGUAUGACUCCUUUCAGACCAAAGGUCUCUUCAUGUCAUGUUAAUGGAAUGUGACAACAGUUCUGCAUAGCCUACUGUACCUGUAUAGUCCAUACAUAGUCAUUUUAUUAUGGCACUUAUGAAGUACUUAGUGGGGAUAUUGUGGAGACCACUUAGCAACACGUGGUUUGUUAUCCCAUCAUAAAUGUUGUGGUCGAAACAAUGUUGCACUUUAAAACUCAUUAAGCUUGUCAUUGGGUGUACAAGCAAAUAUUGAGGCCAAUGUUUUACUGAAUGUCUGACUGGGAAAACAAUGGUGUCUAUUGAUGAUUGUACAGAGGCAGUUACCUUAUCAACAUUCCAAGGACAAGGAAAUUACUGUUGUAAGUGUAGCUGAGAAUAGUUUGCUUCCUUCAUAGAUUUUAGUUCAAAAAGUAUUAUUUAUCAGGGCAAUGUCCUAACCGAAUCCAUUUGUCUUAAAAAUUAAAGAGGAGUUGUAUUGACUUUAUUUCAAUUUUGUUUUUAUUUCAAAUGAGUCAGGUGUACAGUGGUAUAGAAGUCUAUGGUGUAGAAUGAACCACUGUAUGGUCUCUCACUGACCCUACCGCCACUUGAAACGCCAAACCCUGACAAUCCCGGUCUCUACCAGUUCAUCAUAGAGAAGAGUGGAAACGUAUUGUCCUCCUCAGCUCUCCCCACAGACUCCUCUCUUCUUUCCUUCCCCUCAUCCAGUGGCUGCUCCUCACCCACCCACAAUCCCCAUUCCUUCAUGGACUGUGAAAGCACAUCUUCCUGUGAUAAAGACUUCUUCCCCAUCCCUGAUCCCAGGAAUGAGGACUCUUCCUGUGGAUGUACCCAUUCCCUUGCACUAGAGCCCUCCUCCUCUAUCAACACUGAUCCCUCCCUCUCCCAUGGACUCCUCACUUUAAACUCUGCCCCCUCCUCAGCUCUAAACCCUGACCUUCUCCCCUUAUCAACUCUGAAUCCCUCACAACUGACGCAUGUGUAACCUCAAAUAUCUUCCCCUUUCUAAAUAGCAUCUGAACCACCUCUGACUCCUCACCCUCCAAGGGCACAGCUUCAUCCUCCUCUAAAUGUUGCUUAUUUUCCGUGGAACGAGUGUAGCGCUGCUCUUCCUUAUCACAAUACUUCUCCACAUCAAAGGUUCCAGUAGAUCCUAUGGGUUGUCAAACUCAUCCAUCUUCCCAUCCAUUUUGGUCUCAAACCAGACAACAUCUUCAUCAUCAUCAUUGACUGGUGAGGGACUGACUUGUGGGAAACCACCCUUUGGUGUGGAUAGCUGAUCUGAGAGCAGCAGAAGCCCACUGCUGGCAAACCCUACAGGACAUGGAAAUAAACAGGGUUAGAAGUGUCAUCACCACUGGAAGUCUUAUCAUCCCUACUCCCUACGAAUCACUUAGUCCCAUGGUCAGUGCUGUAUACCGAAACCAAACAGAAGUAGUGUGAUGAUGGGUUAGGUUGACAGUCACUUACCAUCCAUCAUGGCUCUUCUGGGUUUGGUCUUCACACAUUUGGAGUCACAGCAGUCACAGAUGGAAUCCUCUCCCAUCAGAGAUUUACAUUUUCGUAAUUUAGCAGACACUCUUAUCCAGAGCGACGUAGAGUUGGUGCAUUCAUCUUAGGGUUUCUAGGUAUGACAACCACAUCUCAUAGUCAUAGUGAGUAAAACGUUCCUCAAUAAAGCUGCUAGCACCAAAGUCAGUGCUAGUAAGAAAAGGCAAGUGUUAGUGCAUGAAAGGUACAGUAUGUAGGGAUGUAAAGGGCAGACUGUACAUUUCCCAGAGUACAACAUUUAACUUGUGUCAGCAUACCUGUUCUCUCGGUAGGUGCAUGACUUGUGCAUGGGGCCGGGGUCCUCUGAUGUCACAUACAGCUUACAGUGAAGGAAGACCUAGAGGAGAUGAAAAGAUUACCUUUGAUUCAAGAAAUGGACCAAUUCAUGUCUAUCAUUUUAUUGGUCAAAGGCUGCAAUUUGCUUUAUUCUUUACAAUAAAGAACACUGUUUAUUGCAUACAUUCAACAGAAAAGUCAAGAGCGUGAAUGAGAUUACAUGAUAGAGUAUAAGUCUCCCAUGCUCACCGGUGUGUCUGGAUCAAAGGUAAACUGGAAGGCGUUGAGGGAGAACCAGAGGGUGCCAUCAGUCCUGGGGGUGACAAACAGAGCCACCAGUUUUCUUCUGGCUCUCCAGCAUGCAGCUGUGGAUCAGAACAGAAUGGGUUUGCACUCAGGUCAUGAAUAAUAAUAAUAAUUUCUUUAUUGUGUCCUUUGGGGAAAUGUGUCUUCCCAGUGAGCACCGUCCGACACCAAUGUCCAUGAACGUUGGUCUGUGGAUGUUGAAAUCAAUGCCAGGGCCAACAGACCAACGUUCAUGGACAUUGGUGUCGGACGGUGCUCACUGGGAAGACACAUAAACAGACGUCUAUAAUUGGUUCAGAUUUGGUCCGGUCCAGCCUUGAUUUCAACGUCCACCAACGUCUGGUCUAGAACGGCCUCGAUUUGGUCCAAACAGAUGUCUAUGAUUGACAGAGACUCUAUUUGGCCCAAACAUAGAUACCUAUGAUUGGUUCAGAUUUGUUCCGGACUGGACCAAUCUGAACCAAUCAUAGAUGUCUAUGUUAACAAGUUUGGACAGUACAGUACAUGGAGUAGCCAGCCAAAUAGAAAAAGUAGCCAGUCAGGGAGUUCCGGCCUGGGUGAGUCCGGGGGGGGGGCAUUUUUUUUGCAGAACAAUUUCUUUUUUGGUGGCCUCUGGUACAUUUUAAUGCCUUGAUUCCAAUCCGAAAUACACAGCAAAAUGAUUUAAUAGUUAGUUGGGGUAUUGAGUAGAAAGACAUGACUUUGCAAUUAAAAUGACUGGAAAUGUAUAAAUGUAGUGUGUUAGUUGUUUUGGAUAGCACCUAGGCCUAGAUGAUCAGGACUAUUUUCUAAGUAAGAGAACCUUUAACAUUAAACCGGUCUUCUCAAGAUUCAAUAAAUAUUUACAGUUUUUCUGAAAUAUAUUAAUUGCCACAAUGAUGUUUGUUCUUCAAAUUAUGUAUUUUAUUGGCUCUGCUGCUGUGGACACUUAGGGUAAGGAAACCAAUGUGUCAUUUUGUAAUUUGGGUGAACUCUCUCAAUCAAUCCCUGUGGGUGGGAUUGUCAGGGUAGGGGGCAGGAUAUUUGUGAGUCAGAGCUGGUAGGGUUUCAGACCGGUCAAUCAAUCACUGUGUGUGGGACUUUGAGGGAAGGCGGUAUAUUAGUGUUCUGUCAAGAAAACAUGUAUUCCCUGUUGAGAAACAACAUAGAAUUGCAGGAAAUUGCGUCUUUAAUAAUAUCUUAUAAGUAUUAUGACAUUAGCUUUUAUAACUUUCAAUCUGUUUGCUUUUAUCAUAUUUUGGUCCAGAAUGAAGCCCUCUCCACUACGUAUUGUUUCUGCAGUGAGGAUUCAACAUCUUCAUCGAAUGUAGAUAAUCGCCAAAAAGUAGUAUUAGCCUACCAGUAUGCAAAUUAGGGAGCCAAAUGAACUGCUCUCUCACCGAUGCGAUUUGUUCAUAAAGAGCUGUUCGUUUGCGAACAACCCAUCACGAGGCUGCACUGACGAGUCACUUUAGCGUUCACUGGCAAGUUUCGACAUGGGCUUCGAAUCCUAGGAAAAUACAAACAAGAUCUUUAGUUUACUUGUCCUGAUGCGAUACCAUGGACAUAUAACUACGUUGUAUGAUUAAUUUAUGAAUAGCAAAAAGAUAUAGGAGAUUGACUUUAUUCAGUCAGGUCAACACCUUUCAUAAACUAGUCAAGACAAGCUGUUGGUCCUCAAUAAAACAACAGUACAUUUUGACCCCCGACUCCAUGGCUGGCUAAAUGCCUAUGAAAAACGCAAAAGAAAAUGAAUGAAUGUGCCACAAAACAAUAAUUAAGAGUUCAACUCAUUGUUACCACUUACAUUACAUGGCACGUGUAAAUUCACACAUGAUUAUGAAGGUAAAAUAAUAUAAUAAGUGUACAAGCAUGUAAAAUAUGAUUUGCACAUGUAAAAUAUGAGUUGCAAAAGAUAUUUACAAAUAUGUAAUUGUUUUGAGAAUAAAUGCAACAACACUUGCACACAGGUAAUGUGAUGUGUGAAAAUAUACAACAACACUUGUAAACAUGUAACUUGAUAUGUGAACAAAUCCAAUACGAUUUUGCGACUGGUGAAUCUUCUUCUGUGAAUCAAAACUUAAUUUGCCUGCUAACUCUGUCCAUGCUUUUCCUAGAAAAUGUAUAUCUGACAUUAUAGCUAGCUAGUUGAUGUUGUUCUAGCUAGCUCACCCAAAGCAGGCAUUUCUCCUCCUCGCUGGUCUGCAGAUGCAUGAUCAUGAUGUUGUGGCUGUAACAUUUAAUGGACAUUGCACUAGAACAAAAACUAGCUAGCUAUAUCAGAUAUACAGUGCAUUCUGAAAGUAUUCAGACCCCUUCACCUUUUCCACAUUUUGUUACGUUACAGCCUUAUUCUAAAAUUGAUUAAAUUCAAUUUUUUCCUCAUCAAUCUACACAAUACCCCAUAAUGAAAAACCAAAAAUAGGUUUUUAGAGAUUUUUGCAAAUGUAUUAAAAAUAAAAAACAGAAAUACCUUAUUUACAUAAGUAUUCAGACCCAUUGCUAUGCGACUCGAAAUUGAGCUCAGGUGCAUCCUGUUUCCAUUGAUCAUCCUUGAGAUGUAUCUACAGCUUGAUUGGAGUCCACCUGUGGUAAAUUCAAUUAAUUGGACAUGAUCUGGAAAGGCACACACCUGUCUAUAUAAGGUCCCACAGUUGACAGUGCAUGUCAGAGCAAAAACCAAGCCAUGAGGUCGAAGAAAUUAUCCGUAGAGCUCCAAGACAGGAUUGUGUCGAGGCACAGAUCUGGGGAAGGGUACCAAAAAAAUUCUGCAGCGUUGAAGGUCCCCAAGAAGACAGUGGCCUCCAUCAUUCUUCAAUGGAAGAAGUUUGGAACCACCAAGACUCUUUCUAGAGCUGGCCGCCCAGCCAAACUGAACAAUCAGGGGAGAAGGGCCUGUUGUGGAAAAUAACCACUAUACUUUAUUACAAAUAUGGUCUUACAGAGUUUUUGUUGCAUCAAGAAAUGACUUUAUUAAAGUUUUCAACAAAGCCGAUACCAGUCUGCAGAGUGGCACCCCGUUCUGUUUUCCUCACGUCCCAUUAUAUACCAUCAUCCCCCACUCUUCUAGCUCUAAAUCCCUCCCUCUUCAGUUUCCCGCUCUUUAUCACUCCACACCCACUUCCUUUGUCCCUGAGGACGGCUGAACUAUUACUCCAACCAAUCACUCGCUCCCCUGUCUUGCACACACACUCAUGUUUAGUUUAAACAUGACAAGGCCCUAAAUUCUUGCAUCAUACACAAACCUCACCCCCUCAUGCUGUAAUCAAUCAAGAAGAUACCAAGGAGACAAAGGUCUAGCCCAAACUCUAUUCAACCCUGGUGCCGCUCCCUUCACUGUGUUUGAAGAGAGAGACAAAAGGCCACAAGCUAGUUUCAGUCUCUCAUCAGAUAAGACAGCCAUGGAUUUAAGUAAGAGCAAGCAAUUUGACCCUAUGGCAGAUUUCCUCUCUACUCCCCCACACAGUGAAAUUAAAUGACCCAAUACAAUUCCUGGCCCAGUAACAAACAAUUCUAACUUUAUGCUCUUGAUUAACCCAGUUCUACCCUAUAGUCCAUUAAACUCUACAGUUCAUUAAUAAUAAUUCAACACAGGCCUUGGUCAGGGAGGUGACCAAGAACCCGGUGGUCACUCUGACAGAGCUCCAGAGUUCCUCUGUGGAGAUGGGAGAACCUUCCUGCAGCACUCCACCAAUCAGGCCUUUAUGAUAGAGUGGCCAGACAGAAGCCACUCCUCAGUAAAAGGCACAUGACUGCCUGCUAGGAGUUUUCCAAAAGGCACCUAAAGGACUCUGAGACCAUGAGAAACAAGAUUCUCUGGUCUGAUGAAACCAUGAUUGAACUCUUUGGCCUGAAUGCCAAGCGUCAUGUCUAGAGUAAACCUGGCACCAGUGGCGGCUCCUGAAAAAAUUCUCAGGAGGGGCAAUUUUUCUGAUGAUUUAGGUGACCUACACACAUUUUAAAAAAGAUAUGUCCAGCAACAACAUGAAGACAGGGGCAGCAUAUAAGUCAAUACCAGAAGCAUUUAUUGACUGAUCUGGGGAGAUGGAUUCCAGUUUCUGUGACAGAUUAUAAAUAAUCUCUGAUGCCUUUGUUAUAUUAGCUUUUGGUUGAAUGUACUGUCGUAGUAAAUAUAUAAUGUUAUAGCUUGGUCUGACUAAAAUCUUGUGCAUGACCCAUUUUGUGUUGGGCGUUUGUUUUCAAUCAAUGCUGUUCCUAUCCUAUAACAAUGGACAAAAGAGUCCUAUCUUGUCAGCCUUGUCAGCAGGUGGCCAAGGACAACACCCACGCCAUAGGUCUCUCAGUUCUUCCAACUCACGAGUUCUUGCUCUGAGGACACACACACACACACACACACACACAUCAUCACUGAUAACACACACACACACACACAUCAUCACUGUUAAACACACACACACACACACAUCAUCACUGUUAAACACACACACACACACACACAAAAAUCCCCUCUCUUUAGGCUGAACAUUUGAAGACAGAGAACCCGACUCAGAGCCAAUGCAACAGUGGAGGGGACCUCGCCCAACUCAUCAGGACCAAUCAGAAGAUCAGAACUACUAGAUUCAACCUACAUCAUUUAUUGUAUAAAAUGUCAGCACACAAUGUUUUCGGGGCUCUCUUCAGAUAGCUCCCUAAGAGUUUGACGAACGAGUCCGUGCACGCGAUUCCAGAUAUCUUUACCUCUGAAUAAACUGCCUUUAUUAUACCCUAUCCACCCUGUCCAAAGUCUCUACUUGGUCUCAGUUCUCCAGUAAACUUGUGAUUAUCAACAGUACACAACGGUAACAAACAAUUGGGGGAACUCACGGGGCAGAUAGUAAGGUCGCAGUGACACAGAAAGCAGUUCAAUGUCGGGGCUCGGGGGUACAGAGUCGCUCUCUUACCAGGAUCGAUUUUCCCUGUGACUGUCAGAUCGAGGUCCGCUCCGACCAGGGUGAAGCCGGCCGGCUCCACUUCUCUGUCCGGGACUCUGUCAUCCAGCCAAGUCUCCCAGCUGUAUUGGAUUCCGCUGCCAGCAACGUUUUCAUUAUUUAGUCCGUUCGUAGCGGGUAUGUACACGAUCAACAAGAUCAGUCCAAAACCCACCACUGGAAAUCCAUGGUUGGCAGAAUGUUUGUAAACUAAGUGUACAAAUUAAAAACAUAAAAUAACGCCACUAAGUGUACAAAUUAAAAACAUAAAAUAACGCCACACUGCAGGUCGCAACAGAGACGCUGCUAGCCGCUAUUUGCUUAGUUACGUUCAUGGUUACGUCACGUAUGACGAAAGCGCGUAAGUGCAAGCCCACAGACACCCAUAGAGAAUGUAUUGAAAGCUUUGAAAUUUGAAAAAAAUAGAUUUUACAUGACAGGCUAUGAGAGACUUCUGGGCGAUUUUCAACCUGACUGAAAUCGCCCAAAAACGGGCGGGGCCAUUUGAAGCAUGACUUUAGCCUGAUUUGACAUUUAGUGGCAGUCAGAUCAGAUUACAACACUGAUAACUACUGUUGCCGUGAUAUAAUUGAUUAGAAAAAAAAUCCCUUCCUUUUCCCGUUUGGCAGUGCGUCGCCCAUAUCGCCCUAUUGAACAGGCCGUCCCUGCCUGGCACCAUCCCUACGGUGACACAUGGGGAUGUCAGCAAAAUGCUGUGGGGAUGUUUUUCAGCAGCAUGGACUGGGAGACUAGUCAGGAUCGAGCAGUUGGUCUAAUGGUGCCCUCUGUCAUCGGCCUCCCCCUUGCUUGAGGGAACAAUAGAGGAGCAAUAGAGAACAAAAGAGGAAAGGCCCACCCCCCACUUGUGCCAAGUCAUGAGGAUACCUGGACCACCUAUUGAGAUGUAUCUUUUGUCAAGUAAAUCAGGUGAUAAAUGAGGUGAAAAGGAGACUGGAGUGCAAAUGAAAGCUGAGAAGAUAGGUGUGUCUGAAAUGUUGGCAUGUCUUAUACCAACCUGGUCUCAGAGCAUUUCAUAUUAUUCUGUACGUAUAUCCGAGAUACCCCAGUUAUUAUGAUAUGUUUAGCAUGGUAUGUAUUAAUUUGUGGAUGUCCAUGAUCCAAUUUGUGUUUAUGUUUCGAAUUACAAUUCUUAUGAUGUUACGAAUUUGCAAAACACAUGAUAUGUUACAAAUUCCAAGCUAGGUGGCUAACGUUAACAUGCAGAGGUAAAUAUGUUUUACAGUGGUAAAUAUGAAAAUCUUCCAAUAGAACGAACACCCCCACCUCUCUGUCAUGGUUUAAACCAUGUAUUUCUAUGUGGUGGCACUGUCCAUCCAGUAGAGCUGAGCACCUUUAUGCAUAGAUUUUCCUUUGUAGGCCCACGUCCUCAUUUUCACCAUUUGUUUGAUUUGCGUCCUUGAUGAAAAUAGCCUUCAUCACAACGCAUUAGAUUUAUUUGUUGAUUUAUCAUUGUUUGCUUUUAUCAGCCAGCUGUUUAGAGCACUCAUUGCUUUGUUUUUACAUUUACAUUUACAUUUUAGUCAUUUAGCAGACGCUCUUAUCCAGAGCGACUUACAGGAGCAAUUAGGGUUAAGUGCCUUGCUCAAGGGCACAUUUACGUCAUUUAGCAGACGCUCUUAUCCAGAGCGACUCACAAAUUGGUGCAUUCACCCUAUAGCCAGUGGGAUAACCACUUUACAAAUUUUUUUUUUGGGGGGGGGGGUAGAAGGAUGACUUUAUCCUAUCCCAGGUAUUCCUUAAAGAGGUGGGGUUUCAAAUGUCUCCGGAAGGUGGUGAGUGACUCCGCUGUCCUGGUGUCGUGAGGGAGCUUGUUCCACCAUUGGGGUGCCAGAGCAGCGAACAGUUUUGACUGGGCUGAGCGGGAACUAUGCUUCCGCAGAGGAAGGGGAGCCAGCAGGCCAGAGGUGGAUGAACGCAAUGCCCUCGUUUGGGUGUAGGGACUGAUCAGAGCCCGAAGGUACAGAGGUGCCGUUCCCCUCACUGCUCCAUAGGCAAGCACCAUGGUCUUGUAACAGAUGCGAGCUUCAACUGGAAGCCAGUGGAGUGUGCGGAGGAGGGGGGUGACGUGAGAGAACUUGGGAAGGUUGAACACCAGACGGGCUGCGGCAUUCUGGAUGAGUUGUAGGGGUUUAAUGGCACAGGCAGGGAGCCCAGCCAACAGCGAGUUGCAGUAAUCCAGACGGGAGAUGACAAGUGCCUGGAUUAGGACCUGUGCCGCUUCCUGUGUAAGGCAGGGUCGUACUCUCCGAAUGUUGUAGAGCAUGAACCUGCAGGAUCGGGUCACCGCCUUGAUGUUAGCGGAGAACGACAGGGUGUUGUCCAGGGUCACGCCAAGGCUCUUCGCACUCUGGGAGGAGGACACAACGGAGUUGUCAACCGUGAUGGCAAGAUCAUGGAACGGGCAGUCCUUUCCCGGGAGGAAGAGCAGCUCCGUCUUGCCAGGGUUGAUAUGUCGGCCAGACAUGCAGAGAUGCGAUUCGCCACCUGGUUAUCAGAAGGGGGAAAGGAGAAGAUUAGUUGUGUAUCGUCAGCGUAGCAAUGAUAGGAGAGGCCAUGUGAGGAUAUGACAGAGCCAAGUGACUUGGUGUAUAGGGAGAAAAGGAGAGGGCCUAGAACUGAGCCCUGGGGGACACCAGUGGUGAGAGCACGUGGUGCGGAGACAGCUUCUCGCCACGCCACUUGGUAGGAGCGACCGGUCAGGUAGGACGCAAUCCAGGAGUGAGCCGCGCCGGAGAUGCCCAGCUCGGAGAGGGUGGAGAGGAGGAUCUGAUGGUUCACAGUAUCAAAGGCAGCAGACAGGUCUAGAAGGACAAGAGCAGAGGAGAGAGAGUUAGCUUUAGCAGUGCGGAGAGCCUCCGUGACACAGAGAAGAGCAGUCUCAGUUGAAUGACCAGUCCUGAAACCUGACUGGUUUGGAUCAAGAAGGUCAUUCUGAGAGAGAUAGCAAGAGAGUUGGCUAAAGACGGCACGCUCAAUAGUUUUGGAAAGAAAAGAAAGAAGGGAUACUGGUCUGUAGUUGUUGACAUCAGUGGGAUCGAGUGUUGGUUUUUUGAGAAGGGGAGCAACUCUCGCUCUCUUGAAGAUGGAAGGGACAUGGCCAGCGGUCAAGGAUGAGUUGAUCAGCGAGGUGAGGUAGGGGAGAAGGUCACCGGAGAUGGUCUGGAGAACAGAGGAGGGGAUGGGGUCAAGCGGGCAGGUUGUUGGGCGGCCUGCAGUCACAAGUCGCAGGAUUUUAUCUGGAGAGAGAGGGGAGAAAGAAGUCAAAGCAUAGGGUAGGGCAGUGUGAGUAGGACCAGCAGUGUCAUUAGACUUAACAAACGAGGAUCGGAUGUCGUCAACCUUCUUUUCAAAGUGGUUGACGAAGUCAUCCACAGAGAGAGGGGGGGGGGGGGGGGGGGGGAAUUCAGCAGGGAGGAAAAUGUGGCAAAGAGCUUCCUAGGGUUAGAGGCAGAUGCUUGGAAUUUAGAGUGGUAGAAAGUGGCCUUAGCAGCAGAAACAGAUGAAGAAAAUGUAGAGAGGAGGGAGUGAAAAGAUGCCAGGUCGGCAGGGAUUUAGUUUUCUUCCAUUUCCGCUCCGCUGCCCGGAGCUCUGUUCUGUGAGCUCGCAAUGAGUCAUCAAGCCACGGAGCUGGAGGGGAGGACCGAGCCGGCCGGGAGGAUAGGGGACACAGAGAGUCAAAGGAUGCAGAAAGGGAGGAGAGGAGGGUUGAGGAGGCAGAAUCAGGAGAUUGGAGGGAGAAGGAUUGAGCAGAGGGAAGAGAUUAUAGGAUGGAAGAGGAGAGAGUAGUGGGAGAGAGAGAGCGAAGGUUGCGGCGGCGCAUUACCAUCUGUGUAGGGGCAGAGUGAGUAGUGUUGGAGGAGAGCGAGAGAGAAAAGGAAACAAAGUAGGUCGGAGACAUGGAGGGGAGUUGCAGUGAGAUUAGUAGAAGAGCAGCAUUUAGUAAAGAUGAGGUCAAGCGUAUUGCCUGCCUUGUGAGUAGGGGGGGACGGUGAGAGGGUGAGGUCAAAAGAGGAGAGGAGUGGAAAGAAGGAGGCAGAGAGAAAUGAGUCAAAUGUGGACAUAGGGAGGUUGAAAUCCCCCAAAACUGUGAGGGGUGAGCCAUCCUCAGGAAAGGAACUUAUCAAGGCGUCAAGCUCAUUGAUGAACUCUCCAAGGGGACCUGGAGGGCGAUAGAUGACAAGGAUAUUAAGCUUAAAUGGGCUAGUGACUGUGACAGCAUGGAAUUCAAAUGAGGAGAUAGACAGGUGGGUUAGGGGAAAAAUUGAGAAUGUCCACUUGGGAGAGAUGAGGAUUCCUGUGCCACCACCCCUCUGACCAGAUGCUCUCGGGGUAUGCGAGAACACAUGGUCAGACGAGGAGAGAGCAGUAGGAGUAGCAGUGUUUUCAGUGGUAAUCCAUGUUUCCGUCAGCGCCAGGAAGUCGAGGGACUGGAGGUUAGCAUAGGCUGGGAUGAAGUCAGCUUUGUUGGCAGCAGAACGGCAGUUCCAGAGGCUGCCUGAGACCUGGAACUCCAGGUGUGGGGUGCGUGCAGGGACCACCAGGUUAGAGAGGCAGCAGCCACGCGGUGUGAGGCGUUUGUGUAGCCUGUGCAGAGAGGAGAGAACAGGGAUAGGCAGAGGCAUAGUUGACAGGCUGUAGCAAAUGGCUACAAUAAUGCAGAGGAGAUCGGAAUGAAAUGAACUAAACAUCUGGGAGAGGAGAGAGCAGGGCCUCCCUCACCAAAACUUCCACCUCAGAAACUAUAAUUGUUUCACUGAACCACCCGAACAAAAACUCUCCCAACUUCCACCUUUAGAAAUCAGAAUUGUUGUGAACCACAGCGGUUCAAUGUUUAAAGGAAUAGACUCAACCCACUUUAUUCAGCUAGCUAACUAUGACACCAUAGCUAACUAGCAAUGCUUGCAGGUAUUGGUGUACUCCGUGCCAUCCAUGGCCAGAAGAAGUAGACCAUUUAUUUAGCUUUAUUCUUUUCGGUUUUCUUUCCUGGAUCAGCUGAUGAUGGUCGACUAUAUAACUAGACAACUAACCUACAGCUAGACACCAACGCCCUUCCAAUCCAUCCAACAAGAACACCUUAAUGACAGCAGGCCUAUAGUUGAUUUUUAGUUAGAAGCAUUCCAUUUUGCAAUGGCAUAGGCCUACAUACGUUAUUUUGGAUUUGUGUGCCCAUGAGAACUGUUUUCACGGUGAAACAUAAUUAAAUGUUACACAGGCAUAGUUACACUUACAGUGAAUUUUCCGAGAUCCAUAAUUCGUACAAGAUUUAACUUCAAUGUUGUAAUUCAAUUGUUAAAUGCUUAAUAAUGACAAAUCACACUGUCAUAAAUGUCAUUAAUGUAAGGAAAGAAAGGUAGUGUUUUAUGUCACAUGAUCUGUGAAGACUCCAAGCAUUAACUCAUGAAUUAUGGACAACUCAUGAACUAGGUUGUAAAACAUGUUUUGAUUCAACUCAUCAUGUAUUAUUAUAUUGAAUGUAGGAUAUGUCAUGGAAAUUCUAACCAGAAAGGAAGAGAAACUGUAGAUUUUUCAAACAACAACUUUUUAUUAUAAGAAUUGCAAUUCUGGAGCGGUUAACAAUCACUCAAAAGGUGCAGAGUUAAGAACCCAACGAACAAGAGUUGGUUCUCAGCUUUUAUAGGGAUUACAACCACUUUUGUCUAUGUGGCAGUUUAGCAGGUGUGUGAGAUCAUGGUGGGAACAUAGCGUACAAACAAGUGAUAAUGCCAGUUUUGUUACAUCUAGCUGCUGCUGCUCAAGCUAGCCUCUGUUAUCUUCAUAUCUCCACAAAGCUGUGCCCUUGAAAGAUACGAAAAGAACAGGAUGGACUCGAAAACUGUGGUCACUCUCAGACGUCUCUUUGUCUUUGGCCGCGUGACCAAGUCACACAGAGAGAAGAGAGGAAAAAUACUAGCUUCUUCUUACAUGACAGAAACAGACAGUGGAAAUGUACAGGUUUAAGGCUUAGUUUGUAAUUUUCCCACCAUAGAUACCUAUCCUGAGUGUGUUCGUGUUUAAAAUUGCUUUGGCUGAGAGGGUAGGCUACCGGCAGUGGUAUAGGCCUAGUGUAGGGUAAACGCUGUUUACCCACUUUUUUUAAUGCAUGGAAAGUAUAGGGAGCAUUCAUUUUUUCACCGUGACUGGCAUAGUUUACCCACCAUUUUUAUUUUUUAUUUGUACACAUCACUGGCUACCGGUAGGCUUAUUUGAAAUUCAUGGUAAUACACAUUGUAGCCUAGUUUAGUAAGUUGACCAGGUGUGUUAGGGUGACCAUCACGUUUUUCCCAGGACAGUUUCAUCCCCAUUUCAGGUGUCCUGACUUUUCAAGCUACGCAUUAUUAUUUAUUAUUUUGUCAGCAAGACAUCAAUUAAUGUAGGCCUAAUCAAUGGCAAUCGCUGAAUGUCAUUAGGCAAACAUUUGUGUUUUUUAACAGGUCUAUUUCCAUUCAUCAAAUGGCGCCAGUAGGCUAUACAUGCAGUUUGGACGCUGGAUUUAUUUUAGAGUGGACGAACAUGCCUACUUUUUGAAGUGAUUUGUUUGACAAUCAAAUGAAAAUAUCAUGAUUGGUUGUGUUCAUGCCACAUUAAAAAGGUAAUUUAAACUUUUAAAAUGUAUUAAGUAUUUAUUAUUAGGGCCAUAAAAAAAAAAUGCACACGCUAACAUGUAGGCCUACACCAAAACAGCGCCAUACUGGAGAGAGGAGCACAUUGGAGAAGGCCCUUAAAGUGUACUUAAUGUUAACCCAUUGUAGGCUACUAGCCAAAGAAAAUUGCCUGGCUAGCCAAACUCUUUGCUGCGGCCAAACGUUACGCCACGCCACGCCAACGGACAUUAGUUUCUUCUCCGCAAUGAGUCUGGAUCGGAGUACCCCUCAGACGAUUUCUAAAACGCAAACUUGUUCUAACCGUUCUGAUUGAUCCCAGAAACUGAUGGGUUGGGCCAGAACACACUUGGGCAAAGCGGCGUUUUGAAAAGUCAUCAUUGGCAUUGAUACUCUGAUUGGAAAUUAUCAAUUCGCUGAUGACUGUUAUGUACAACACCUCUCAUUUUGACAUCACCACAAACCACUUCAACUACGGCAGUCUCCGUUCAGUGCGUCUUUACAUUCAAAUACCAGUUGAAACAUGGGGAGGGGUAACGCUGUCAGCAUGGCCACUGCCCUUGAAAUACGUCACUCAUUGCUUCAAGAGUAAGACACACCUCGCCACACCCACCAAACGGGAGCAAAGGCCACGUUCAAAACAACUGUGAACUCGGAAAUCUCUGACUUCCGACUUCAGUGCGUUCAAAACAACUGCGUACAAACUGUUCCGCAAUGUAGCAAAUGUUCAAGCGAACUGAACGCACCUUCAUACUGAAGUAGGCUAUGCAGAGAACAUAGAGCAGCGGAAGGAAUUCGUUUGAGUCGUCAGGCAAAAAUAAAAUAGACACUUCAGGAUUUGUCAAAGUUGUUAAAUAUUACAGUAUUUGAGAUAUUCAAGAGUAAAAAGCAUUUUUGAUAUGUCAUAUAAACAGUGUUGGUGAGUAGUGAGCUACAUGUAAUUCAACAACAUUUUACAGUAGCUUGGUGGUAGUUGAACUAACUUCUAAUAUUGGUAGUGUUUUCAGUAGUUCAUUACUUUUCGCCAUGUAGCGUACCGGAACUAUACACUACUUUUUUUGCAAAAAGAAAAGAAAAUAUGGGUGAAGUAGGCAAGAAUUUCCUUUCUUUUUCGGCAUCAGACCUGCCGGAUUCUCACUUGAAUAAGCUAAAUUACACAUUCUGUUAACAUUUACCAGACGCUCUUAUCCAGACCGACUUACAGUUAGAGUGCAUACAUUUUUCAUACUGGCCUCCCGUGGGGGAAUCGAACCCACAACCCUGGCGUUGUAAGUGCCAUGCUCUACCGACUGAGCUACAGGAGGUUAACAUUUGACUGUAAAGUGAUCUAUAUUUCAGAGUAGCUUACCCAACACUGCUGAUAAAUAGAAAACUUGGCUUGGGUCUGCUCAAAGCUUCAUACAAGAAUGCAAACAAUCAAAUUGAUUGUUUGUCACAUUACACACAGCACACAACACAAACCAUUCACAAGAUCAGGACACAGCUUCAACUGACACAUUAUCUUUUGACAAUACUUCUAAAUAGGUAAACAAGUUAAGAUUUUUAAAAUACAAAUCAGCCCAUCAUCUUGUGAUGAAAGUCACCUCAUCCUUCUGAUGAUUGUACAACACAUGCAUGUUGUAUACUGUACACCCAUAUGCACACAUUACACACAUACCCAAAUAAACUUGUCUAUACAGAAAUGCACACAUCCAUAUUCACAGACAAGUUUGUAUAGAUUUUGUAAUGUGCCAACUUAGUAAUGUGUGUGCUUUCUUUAACAACUAGUUUUAAUAUACAGUUAAAGUGAAAAUGCUGUACUAUUAGGCCCUAAUGUGUCCAUACAGUUGAAGGCAUCAAACAUUUCAAGUUAGAAGUGAGAUAGUUAUUAACUCAAACUUGUUAGAAAGCUGCCCCACUCUCCAAGAAAGGUUCUACUUUUUAAAGGUAGACUUUGGGGAAAAACUAUAUAACUGAUCAAUGCACCAUCAUACCAGGUAAUUUAAUGCUUAAAAACAAAAAUAUUUUAUGAAUAAGAUAUUUGGCUAUAGAGAUGCCAUUUCUAACCCAUCCGUCCAAAAACAAAUCCUGUGAAAUGACGUCAACACUUACUGGAGGAGAUGCCGCGUUCAAAACAACUGGGAACACAGAAAUCUCUGACUUCCGACUUCAGUGCGUUCAAAACAACUAGGAACAACAACAAAAAAAGAGCUCAGACUGGGAAAAAUCAAUUUGAACGGUCAUCCAACUCAUAAUUCCAACUUGGGAACUUGGGCCUCUUUCUAGAGCUCUGACUUUCCGACCUGAAGAUCACGGACGUCAUGAUUUGACCUUGUGUUUUUCCAGAGUUCCCAGUUGUUUUGAACGCAGCAUUACGGUCUAGCUGAAGCUAACGAACCAUACUGAACAAAAAUAUGAACGCACCAUGCAACAAUCAACUAUUUUACUGAGUAACAGUUCAUAUAACAAAAUAAGUCAAUUGUAAUAAAUAAGUUAGGCCCUAAUCUAUGGAUUUCAAGACUGGGCAGGGGCGCAGCCACUUGGGAGCCAGGCCCAGCCAAUCAGAAUGCGUUUUUCACCACAAAAGUUCUUGAUUACAGACAGAAAUACUCCUCAGUUUCAUCAGCUGGUCUCAGACAGGUGAAAGUCGGGGUCCUGGGAUGGCGUGUUUACACAGGGUCUGCGGUUGUGAGGCUGGUUGGAUGCAUUGCCAAAUACUCUAAAACGACGUUGGAGGGGGCUUAUGGUAGAGAAAUUAACAUUAAAUUCUCUGGCAACAGCUCUGUUGGACAUUCCUGCAGUCAGCAUGCCAAUGGCACGCUCCCUCAAAAUUUGAGACAUUUGUGGCAUUGUGUUGUGUGACAAAACUGCACAUAAGAGUGACCUUUAAUUGUCCCCCAGUAUAAGGUGCACCUGUGUAAUGAUCAUGCUGUAUAAUCAGCUUCUUGAUAUGCCACACCUGUCAGGUGGAUGGAUUAUCUUGGCAAAGGAGAGAUGCACAAAAUAUGAGAGAAAUUAGCUUUUUGUGCUUAUGGAACAUUUCUGGGAUGUUUUAUUUCAGCUCAUGAAACAUAGGACAAACACUUUACAUGUUGCAUUUAUAUUUUUGUUCAGUAUAGUUACGUUGGGCACGGCGCGCAUGACACCGACAAAUCACCAAAGGCACACUAUUUCUGUUUGAAAAUUUAGAAAGGGCAGAGUUGGACCGUUUUUCAUGCUCAAAGUCAACCUUUAAAAGGAAAGUAUUGGCACCGUGUGAGAGAAACAACUUUGACCAAAUAGAAUUUAGUAAAAACUGUUAUACAGAAAAUCUCAUGGCAACUACAAGGUUUCCAAAGUACAAGAUGUUCUGUUAAGGCAGUAAUAAUAAGGUGGAAUAAGGUAAGUCUGAAAUCCAGACAUUAUUGCCAAUGUUAAUGAGUUCAUUAAGGUUAGAGUUUCUUUUUCAAUGUUCCUUUUUUAUUUUCCCCAUGAGACACAAAUAUAAUUUCAGUAAAUGAUUAAUAUUGUGCUGUCUGAAAUGGAACAGUUAUUUUGUGCUCUCCACGUCCCUAAAGAAGUGUAUUACUCUUGAGAUAAGUGAAAAUGAUUUACAUUAAAUGUAACCAUAACCAUAUAAAUCCAGUCUAGAUAGAACAAGUUAUUGGUAUUCUCAAAAAAUUUGGCCUGAAAUCUUCCCUCUUUGAGGACCAUCCUUGCUGGAUGGAAAGUCGUUUUUUUGUGCAGAGAAAGGCUUCCCACCCUUUGACCUAAUUCUUGGUUCAGGUAGACAAACAUUCAAAUGUUGGAUUUGAUGGGUACAUGCCCAAUUAAAAAUCCCAAACCAAUGUUUGAUAUGCAAACAAACAAAUAGUACAGUAGCUAAUAGACAGGGCACAGAGAGAGCGACGACUCUGAAUGUCCACUAGGGGUUUCUGUAAGCCUGUAGAAUCCUUUGGAGAGUAGGGCCGUUGUGUUCAUGUAGCAUCAGGUAGGAAGCAGCCACAGUGUAGUCUGUGGUUUCUCUACUGUUAGUCCAGUUAAACAACACUCCAGCCUGCCAGUGCAAACACGCGGGACAGUUGUGGCCUUUCGGUUAGACCCCCUCCUCUCCCAGGGCUCCUACACAACGCUCCCAAGCUCUGUGGACUCUGUAUCGGAAUCCUGAUCGCCCUCCCUGUUUCAGAAUGGGAACAGCCAAGAGUUAGACACAAAGGACUUGGCUUGUUCAAGAGGGUUCUUAUUCAUGGAAGAGCGGCUAAGGCUUAAAGCACGUCAUUUGCAUUUAGCUGAGGUAUAGCAAAAGAUGAGAAAGAUGCCAGAAAGGGACUAAGUUUAGUGUCCCCCUGCAAGAGAUUGGUCACUGGAUCUUUUAGUUCCCCAGUGCACUUAAUUUAGGAAAAAAUAGCUUGGGUCGUGCAUGAACCCUGUUCUAUUACAAUGAGUGUCUGGCUUAGAUACCCCCAAUCAGCCCUAAUCGUGAGUGUGUUUGGCCUGACUCACCGCAUCUCCUGCAGUAGUUUCCUGUUGCCUUGCCUCCUCUCCUCGUCAAUGGGGUAGGUCUUGAAUAUCAACAGCCCCAGGAAUAUCAGAACAACAGGAGCAGCUGAGACCAGCACCUUCAGGGUUAAAUUCACUGCGUCGGGUUGCGAGCAGCCUCUGGUCACAUACCCGGCAAAGCUGCUCAAAAUGUACAGGGAGAGAGAGAAGAAAACAAUGCGGAUAUAAUAGGUACAGUUUGGCUUGAUUAUGAGUGUGAGGAUUAUGUUAUGGUUCCCCACAUGACUGGUCCGUUGGCCCAAGGAAAAUGAAACUAGCUUAAAUGCAUUUAUCCUACAUUAGAAUUUAGGCCAUUUCUGAGAAAAUAUGAUUCACUAAGCUGUUAGGAGUCCUGCAAAAUAGAGUUAGAUUUCAAACUAAGCUCAUUAAAUUGUCAACAUGCUCAGUUUACCAUGUACAAUACAUGCAAGAGAGGGACACACACUUACUCUAGACUGAGAGUGGAGAUGCCGAGGGAGAUUCCUGAGGCAAACUUGGUGAAGAAGACAUAGAAGGAGUAGAAAAUGGCCUCGUGGCCACUAGAGUCUGGAUUCUUCACUUUGAAAUCAUCCACCACAUCUGGGAGCAUUGACCUGAGAAACAGAGAAAGAUGUGAAUGUAUACAAAAAGGCAAGACCCACCACAGACUGGACAUAAGUAAAGAGACACUGGAGAUAUAUGAUAGCGAUCAUCUAUAGGUUGUUAUGGGUAUAUGGAGGUACAUUCAAACAGUAGGCUACUUACCAGGGUAGGAGGAAAGCUGCAGCCACACUGACUCCUGCUGCCACAGAGACCACAUAGGCCACAAUGAGACUGCUCUCUAUGCAGAUGAUCAGGAUCAUGAAGGGCACUGCCCACUACAGAGAUAGACACAUAGGAUAGACAUGAAUGAAAUAAGUCAUGAGAGAGCGCCCCAUACAUACACACAUACCAGCUUUGAGAUGAAGCUCCACAACAACACACACUGCUUACUGUGAUGCCAAUGUAGACUGCAGUCUUCUUCCCAAAUCUGGUCAGGAACCACUGCCAGAAUGGAAUGGACAAAGUCCCAGAGAGCUAAAAAUGAAACACCAAAGAAGAGCAUUAAGAUAUUUAACCAUUUCCAUAAAAAUGAAUAGAAAUACUCCUCUUAAGCACGGAGGGCAAUGUGGGAACAGAAAAGGUCAGACUGACUGAUGGGCUAAAACAUAAUGGGAGCAGGACACAAUUUGAAAGGGCUCUUUAUUUAACCCUGCAGGGGGUCCAUGACCCUUGACCUCUUAUAGAGGUGUGGUCAACCAGUGUGUCAAAUGACCACACAAGGAUUAGCUAGUGGCUGAGCACUCAGCAGUAUUAGAAAUAUCUAACACUAUGCUGACCAAAGCCAGCAGCAUCUAAGGACCUAGCCUUGCAUGUAUGGCAGUUGGAAGAUUUGGCUAAAGCACAAACAGAUCUGGUGACCAGGCUACUAACGACCUUUCUAAAUUCCCACAUUUCCUGCUCCAGUGGCCAGACAGGGCAGUGCAUGGCAGCUCUACAUCCUACUCAGGCAGAGGGAGAAGCGACUGUGCAGAAAAGAAGGAAUGGUAAAUUGGAGAGAAAUGCCAAAGCUUACAGAUUGCCCGAGCAACAAAGGCCCCUCUGUGCUCCUUUCUCACCCCUGCUCCCUGUAAUGGAGUGUGUGAGAUGGGGACAGGUUCCCAGCGGCCACAACAACACUUCCUCUCACCCCAAAAAUGUGCCCUUUCAUCCCCUUCCAUGAGGAAAACCCCCCUAAAACAGUCACGGAAACACCAUGGAACCACAGACGUUACUCUACCCCACAAGGUGACCUUUCAGUCAGCACAGAAAGUACAGGUGUUAAUGUACAGAAUGCACAGGUCUUAAUGUACAGAAUAUACAUCCACUUUGUGUUAGGCCUCUAGUGGGAAGGAACACUAGACUCACCAUAAUGACCAGGAGAAUGUUCUGGAAGUCAUUUCUGAAGCCCAGGGUGUAGGUGAUGAACAGGGCAAAGUUCCCCUCCAGGAGCUGCCAGGAGAGCAAUGACAUACACAUUACAUUUACAUUACAUUUUACUUAUUUAGCAGACGCUCUUAUCCAGAGCGACUUACAGUUUUAGUGAGUGCAUACAUUUUCAUACUGGCCCCCCGUGGGAAACGAACCCACAAUUCUGGCAUUGCAAGCGCCAUGCUCUACCAACUGAGCUACACAUCAACCACUGAACAUACAGGAAGUCAUAUACAUACAGGAAACCAAACACCAGGGUUACACACCCUAUAGCUUGUCAUAAAUAUUUGUUUGUUUGUUUGUUUAUGUGUGUGCGUGUAACUGUAUCCCAUUCUAGGAGUGUGACUCACCAUGAAGGCCAGCGAGGUGAAGAGGAAUCCCAUGACCAGUUUGACAUACGGCCCGUAUCCCAUCACCAUCCUCAUGCCCUCAAAGAACGACAUGGGCUCUGUCUUCAGACGCCCACACUCUAUGACCAAAACAAAGAUGGCGAUUAAAACUAACCUAUUAGGUGCACUGUGCCAAACAUCAGCUGAAGAAGACUUAUCUGAUGAUCUUUAUCCCUCGUCCAUGACAUUUACUGACUGCCAAAAUGUGUCCCUCUCCUAGUUACUUGUAACAAAGAAUUCUUGGAACAUUGGAGGGUUGAGAGGAAGUGGAAAAGUUUUCCUGAGGAUAACAAACAAAGCUGUUGUACUCUAAAUAUGAGAAAUAACUUGAAGUUAUGUCAUUGUAAAAAUUCAGAUAAAGAGAAAAACAUUUUCUUCUCCAUUAAUCAAUUCUCACCUUCCUGCUCUCUGACUCCCAGGAACAGGACUGCAGCACAGAGAACGUAAAUGGCACAGAUGACUCCUGAGGCAAUCAGGUAGGCUUGUUUCUGUUAGAGGGACAGGAGGAGCAGGAUUAGGGUAAAAUUCCACUUUACCAUUACAGUGUUAUGACAUGUUAAAAAACAUGUCAUCCCUGGGGUCUCCCUCUCACAGUUUCAUCCAGGGAGAUGUGAGAGAUGUUGACAUCUGACCCCAGCAGUGUGGAGUUACUGUUGUCAAGGACAUCCAGGUAACCCGGGAGACAGGGGGCGAUCGCCCCACCCACAAUCUGUCCCUGGAUCGCCGUGCCAACCACUGUGCCCAGCACCUCCACCGUCAUACCUGAAGGGAGAAGGGAUGAAGAGAGCGAGAGAGAGUAGAAUGAAGACCUCAUAUUACAACCACAUGAGAUGCUACAUAACUGCAAAGAUGUACAGGUUGACUUACGGUAGGCCGUGGCAGAGUCUCUCUCUUUCUGGUCUGUGCUGAUAAACAUGGUGAGCGCUGAGUACGGCACAUGGAAGCACUGCACACAAAAACAAUGAAAUCAAUUCCUGGCACAGAAUUGCUGUAAGUAGCAGUACAAGUAAAAGUAUUGUUGUCUGUUAGUUUACUCCAAUCAGGGUAGGGAUAAUAUAUAUAUAUAUAUACACACACACACAGUGGGGGAAAAAAGUAUUUAGUCAGCCACCAAUUGUGCAAGUUCUCCCACUUAAAAAGAUGAGAGAGGCCUGUAAUUUUCAUCAUAGGUACACGUCAACUAUGACAGACAAAUUGAGAAGAAAGAAAUCCAGAAAAUCACAUUGUAGGAUUUUUAAUGAAUUUAUUUGCAAAUUAUGGUGGAAAAUAAGUAUUUGGUCACCUACAAACAAGCAAGAUUUCUGGCUCUCACAGACCUGUAACUUCUUCUUUAAGAGGCUCCUCUGUCCUCCACUCGUUACCUGUAUUAAUGGCACCUGUUUGAACUUGUUAUCAGUAUAAAAGACACCUGUCCACAACCUCAAACAGUCACACUCCAAACUCCACUAUGGCCAAGACCAAAGAGCUGUCAAAGGACACCAGAAACAAAAUUGUAGACCUGCACCAGGCUGGGAAGACUGAAUCUGCAAUAGGUAAGCAGCUUGGUUUGAAGAAAUCAACUGUGGGAGCAAUUAUUAGGAAAUGGAAGACAUACAAGACCACUGAUAAUCUCCCUCGAUCUGGGGCUCCACGCAAGAUCUCACCCCGUGGGGUCAAAAUGAUCACAAGAACGGUGAGCAAAAAUCCCAGAACCACACAGGGGGACCUAGUGAAUGACCUGCAGAGAGCUGGGACCAAAGUAACAAAGCCUACCAUCAGUAACACACUACGCCGCCAGGGACUCAAAUCCUGCAGUGCCAGACGUGUCCCCCUGCUUAAGCCAGUACAUGUCCAGGCCCGUCUGAAGUUUGCUAGAGUGCAUUUGGAUGAUCCAGAAGAGGAUUGGGAGAAUGUCAUAUGGUCAGAUGAAACCAAAAUAUAACUUUUUGGUGAAAACUAAACUCGUCGUGUUUGGAGGAAAAAGAAUGCUGAGUUGCAUCCAAAGAACACCGAGUUGCAUCCAAAGAACACCAUACCUACUGUGAAGCAUGGGGGUGGAAACAUCAUGCUUUGGGGCUGUUUUUCUGCAAAGGGACCAGGACGACUGAUCCGUGUAAAGGAAAUAAUGAAUGGGGCCAUGUAUCGUGAGAUUUUGAGUGAAAACCUCCUUCCAUCAGCAAGGGCAUUGAAGAUGAAACGUGGCUGGGUCUUUCAGCAUGACAAUGAUCCCAAACACACCGCCCGGGCAACGAAGGAGUGGCUUCGUAAGAAGCAUUUCAAGGUCCUGGAGUGGCCUAGCCAGUCUCCAGAUCUCAACCCCAUAGAAAAUCUUUGGAGGGAGUUGAAAGUCCGUGUUGCCCAGCGACAGCCCCAAAACAUCACUGCUCUAGAGGAGAUCUGCAUGGAGGAAUGGGCCAAAAUACCAGCAACAGUGUGUGAAAACCUUGUGAAGACUUACAGAAAACGUUUGACCUGUGUCAUUGCCAACAAAGGGUAUAUAACAAAGUAUUGAGAAACUUUUGUUAUUGACCAAAUACUUAUUUUCCACCAUAAUUUGCAAAUAAAUUCAUUAAAAAUCCUACAAUGUGAUUUUCAGGAUUUUUUUCUUCUCAUUUCGUCUGUCAUAGUUGACGUGUGUACCUAUGAUGAAAAUUACAGGCCUCUCUCAUCUUUUUAAGUGGAAGAACUUGCACAAUUGGUGGCUGACUAAAUACUUUUCCCCCCCACAUAUAUAUAUAUAUAUAUAUAUAUAUAUAUAUAUAAUAAAUAAAUAUAUAUAAUAAAUAAAUAUGCAAACAAUUACAUUGAUAGAACCCACAAUCUGCAAUAUUAAAGCUGAUCCAAACACACAAAUAAAACAUUAAUUAAUUACAACCAUAUCACAGUUCAAUGGUGAUUGAGGAACAAUGAAUGGUAAUAUGUGCCCCUUCUUAUUAAUAACAUAUUUUUUCACUAACAAUAAACUGUGUAUAGGGGAGACUGACCGUCUGCAGAGACUGGAAGAGACAGUAGAAGACCAGAUACCACAGGACCUUCCCCUGCUCCACUGGAGGGACAUACCAGAUCAGGAAGUACGUGAGCACCGCAAAGGGAGUGGAGAUGAGGAUCCUGAGGGGAAAACAGGACAGGAUCAAUAAAAUGUAAUGGAGGAGCAUUUGCAUGUGUUGGUGUCUAAGUAGGUCUAUUUCAUCUUGGUGACUGGAGAAAAAAUGAUAUACUAUAAAAAGAAAUGUUUCUACAGUAUUGAAGCAGUAAAUAUUUGUUCUCACAAUUAUGAUUUCCACGAGUCCCUGCCAGGCUAAGUGUGGCACCUGGUAGUGUUGGCAGUAGUGGUAGCAGAAUUUGGGCACUAACUUAUGUCAUCUGCAUAGGGUUGAGAUAUAUACACUGAACAGAAAUAAACGCAACAUGCAACAAUUUCAAAGAUUUUACUGAGCUACAGCUCAUACAGUGAGGAAAAAAAGUAUUUAGUCAGCCACCAAUUGUGCAAGUUCUCCCACUUAAAAAUAUGAGAGAGGCCUGUAAUUUUCAUCAUAGGUGCACGUCAACUAUGACAUACAAAAUGAAAAAAAGAAAUCCAGAAAAUCACAUUGUAGGAUUUUUUAUGAAUUUAUUUGCAAAUUAUGGUGGAAAAUAAGUAUUUGUUUUUCCCCUACAAAAGGGCUUUAUUACAGACAGAAAUAGUCCUCAGCACCCUGGGCAUUGUGUUGCGUGACAAAACUGCACAAUUUAAAGUGGCCUUUUAUUGUCCCCAGCAUAAGGUGCACCUGUGUAAUGAUCAUGCUGUAUAAUCAGUUUCUUGAUAUGCCACACUGGUCAGGUGGAUGGAUUAUCUUGGCAAAGGAGAAACGCUCACUAACAGGGAUGUAAACACAUUUCUGCCAAAAAUAUGAGAGAAAGAAGCUUUUUGUGUGUAUGAAAAAUUUCAGUGAUUUUUUAUUUCAGCUCAUGAAACAUGGGACCAACAAUUUACAUGUUGCGUUUAUAUUUUUGUUCAGUGUAUAAACUUAAGUAUCCAACUUGAACCCCGUCGCUUUCUAAUUUUCUUACAUUCACAUUCCCCUUUUUAUUUUUUAUUUCUGUGCAUUGAAAUCUAUAACCCUUAAUCCCCUGUUAUUUGGGUCUGUGUACGGAGAAGGGGUUCAGAAUGGGCUCACUGUGGCCUUUCUCUCUGCACUGUGCCUGCUGACAGGGAGACUGUGGUGGGCUGUCCUUAUAGUGACGCCAUACUGACUCGCCUCACCCUCACACCACUCUACAGGCACAAUCACACAAUACACCUGACCAGCAGACCAAUACACCCCAGCUAGAGAAGCAGAACAGCCAUAGAGAACAAUGGUUCCACUACUGCAGCGGUCUCCAACAGGUAGACCAGUAGCUCGCAGGCGACCUCUGAGUAGCUCGCCAAUCAAUUCUGAAAGUACAUGCAUUUUGUCAUGUGUUCUAUCUCAAACUGUCAUAAACAUAAAGGUCCCAGCUACUAUUCAAUCAAAGCAACAUUGACGUUAUCCCAUCCCUGGUUAGGCACUAUUGGCUUAAAAAGCCAAAUGUAACAAUAUCUGACAAUUAAUUUCCAGCAAUAUUGCCCCUCUGUCUAUCAUCUGUCAGUAUGUAGCCAGUUAGCGAUGCUAAUGAUACCCUGCAUCUUGUGAGUAGAAAGACUUUCCCCAAAAACCUUCUCAAUUAAAUAAAUGUAAACUGCAAAGUAGGCUUCCCUGACAGAACUAUAUCAUGAUUAUUUGUAUCAAUUGGGUGGCCAUUGUUUUGAGAUGUUCUGCAGCAGUAGGCCUUAUUGCAGAAACAUUGCUAAACCAACACAUUCAAUUAAAGGGGAAUUACACCAAAAAAUCUAAAUGUGCUCGUUUUCCAGACCUCAAAUUGUCUUCUGAUAUGAUUUAAGCAUUGACAUAACUCAGAACAUCCAUUUCGCUGUUUCUCUAUGAAUAAUUGUUAUAUUGUGAGUAAAAAACGAACAAAAAAAAACCUAACAAAAAAACUGGAAGAAAAAAACUGCGAAAACAGAAUUUGGGAAAAUACUAAAGAUAAUGUUAUGGGGCCUGUCAUGCCAAAUACUGUUUAUUAACCAUUCGAUUACCAGGUAUAUUGACAGAAUACACACCAAAGACCAGGGGAAGAGAAGAAUGUGCGUAUUUGAAAGCUAGAAAAAAAAACAUUGCAACACAUUUCAUUUUUUUACAAGUAGCACCAAUGCUAGAAAAGGUUGGAGACCCCUGCCCUACUGGGUUUCCAGCAGACCAGUCCACGCAAAAUAAUAGAAGUCGGGGGCAUUGCUGGCAGGGUGUUUCGGAGACAAGUAUAUAUCGACUAAGAGAUUUUUCUAUGCUUGCAGGGCAGCGGGCGUUCCAUUUGUCUCAGCCGCUCACUGGUCUCAGUAAAAGCCACACAGUUGAGAACAGCGGUCACUGUAACAUUGCAUGCUCAUCUGCCAAGUGUUUUAAUCACUACAACUACAUUAAUACUUUAUAGCAAUCUCUUGCUAAGAAGUAAUGUUUCUUUCUAUUCAUAAUCUGUGUUUGACCUGCAAUUAUGGCACCUAUAGUCCCCAGGGGGCCUAUCAGCUAACUGAACUGAAAAUGCUUGUUUGUUUAUCUGACAUGACACAUGUCGACCCAACUCACAAAUGGCCAGUCAAUGGGAAUAGCCCAUCCUCUGUAGCCCACACCCACUGAACUGGAGAAGCCCCUCCAUCUUCUUCCUUAGCCUAUGUGGGCUGACUAAAGGGGGUUAAUGAGAGUCAAUAAGCUGAUCUGACUGGAAAUAGAGGUCAGAUUUCUGCUUGAUUCUCUGCAUUUUGUACACCGUCACUCGGUUGAAUACACAAAGCUCACAGCAUGAGCACGAUGGCAGCCCAACCCACUUAGGGGGGUAGGCGAGAAACGAGAGAGGGGCGGCAGGUAGCUUAGUGGGUAAGAGCGUUGUGCCAGUAACCGAAAGGUCGCUGGUUCUAAUCCCUGAGCCGACUAGGUGAAAAAUCUGUCGAUGUGCCCUUGAGCAAGGCACUUAACCCUAAUUGCUCCUGUAAGUCGCUCUGGAUAAGAGCGUCUGCUAAAUGACAAAAAAAAAAAAAAAAAGGCUCACGGUUUUAUUUAGCAAACAGACUGGAUCAUCUGCCUGUGAGAAACAAUGUGCUUGUUCAAGUUAUGUCAACAUUGAAGUAUUAUGAUAUUGAUAAGACAAAGAGAGAGACUAUUAAAGUACUUCUCAGCAGAGCCCAUUAAGAUAACAUUGUGUUCUCGCUCUUAAAACAAUGAUCCUUUUGAUGUUAUUUUUAGAUGAUUAUUUAAUCAUACAGCUAUCGGUCUGUCUUGCAGGCGGAUACAAGGAAGAGGGUUCUAGAAUUCCACAGUGUUUAGGACUAGCGCAUAAAAUUCUGGGAAAAACAUCUUCCACUUAUAGUGCCAAUUAAAAAGGCUGGCGCAUUCAGAUGGGAAAAGAGCUUUAGUCAAGGUUAAGUUAAGUGCUGCAUUAUUGAUAGUGAGGAAGACAUCUAAAUCUCCUUGUCUGUGCUAAGGCUCUGAUAAGAACACGCUGGGGGCUUUGUGGUGGUUUGUACAGGCCAGAUAACUGCACACACAGCCACCUCCUAACAAUGACCUACCUCAUUGACAUGCAGCCAAGAAUCUCCCCUCUACUUGACCUGUGGUAACUUCUCUCUGGAUUAGCCGAGCCCCCUCCUAAACUGCCAUUCUGGGAUCACACACACACGCGCUUCUCAGGCCCCCAUUGUCCUAAAUCCAGAUGUGUGUUGAGGGUUGGACCAAUCAGAGAAGGAGAAGCUGGUUCUUUCUCCACCCGGCAUCCUACAUUACAUGCCCAGGGUCCUAAGAUAUCAAGCGAAUCCAGCUACCUUACCAUCAUGAAUAAACCUCUAUCGACGGAAUUCCUAGACAGUCACGGUAUUAUGCCAAAUAUACAUUUUAACCACAAAAUUUCACUCUGUCCUCUUGUAGAGGAGUAUAUGAAAAUAUACAGCAGCAUGUUAUAUAGCAGUGGUCACUAUGUUCCCUCUGGUUUAAAUAACUUUGGGUGCUGCUACUGUGUGUGACCAUGCACAGACCAAAGGCCAGAGAGGUGACAGGGAUCAGUGUUUCUAUUGACCACAUGGGGUCAUAUAGAGUUUCACAGGGGCAUAUAAACUAGGCUGUAACGUGCUUGGUAGCAGGGGUAGGAUGCUGUUAGAGAUCAUCUCUCUUUACAAACAACUGUCUCACGGUGUUAAAUACCUCCCAUUAUGGCAUUCCUACAACCAUAUGUCAAAUCAAGGCUAGGUAUGCCUUGAUAGAGCAUACCUAGCAACAAAACCGUAACGGUUAAUAAUGGUGUUCUUCGACGUGAGGAUUACUUUUGCCGUAGCAUUGUGUGGAUCAUUGCCGAAUCUUAUAUGCAAUGCUCAUGUGUUUAGAUGAACAGUGUGUGACACGGGAGCUCUGCUUUCAUCAACUAGUGACAGGCAUUCUGGGCUGUCGUACUCAGUCCAAAUGCACUCCCAUUACUUUAGAGAGGGAACUCACUGCUCUCUUCCGUUCCUGACAUAUGCCACCCACCACUAGGCUUAACAGUCUCGCUUAGGGCAUCUGGGGCAAAAUCAUAGAAUUAGAAAUCAAUUUCUUUGGGCACAGGCUUCAAAGCACACAGAGCCUUUCGUGGAAUAUCGCAGUGCAAGCACAGAACAAAAAGAGAAAGCACCUGGGUAUUCCAAAACUAACUAAAAUAAGAUUUAGCCUCAUUCCAGUCUGUCCUGGUUUGCACCCAGAGGAGAAGUUAAAAGCUAUUACAAUCCAAGACGGACAGUGCCCAACAGCAGAUAAAGAUUGAGUAUUGAGGUAAAAUUGAGAACAAGUUAUGCAUAUCACUGACAGCCUGUUCUUUCUAUUCAAGCCUUUCCACUUCAGCUUUGUUGUCACGGUUACCACCCAUAUUUCAAUUUCAACUAAUGUUCUCGCUCUAGGCAUGAUGAGAGGUUUUGUUUUGAUUUCUUCUUUCAUUCCUGCCUGCUGUAAAAUGUCCACUGGGUGACCGAGGCGGAGACACCUACCAGGGCAUCAUCCGGCCACACCGGGUCCAUCUGCUCCGGCUCACCAGGAAGCCCACCGUUGGGUCUGUCACUGCAUCCCAGGCCCGGCCCACAAACAAAAUGAUAGAGGCAUAAAAUGGGUCCAGCUAUGGAGAGACAGAGUUAAAGGGAGAGAGAGAGAGAAAUAACUGAGGGGGAGGGAUAUACAUAAUUAAUUGUCUGUCAGACCACUACAACCACAGACAUCAGCCAUCACCUCUCCUCACAGAAGGAGUGGCCAUUGAAACAGAAAUAAAAAUAAGCCAUCUUUUGCAACAAGAUGACUCCAAGAGGAUAUUUGGAGAGUUGCCAAGGUUGUGUAAGGACAGUCAGUGAUACAUGGCGAGGCCACAUUGGCAACAUUACCAUCUGAACAGUGUGGUGUUUAAGACCAUUCCAAGGAGCUCAUCAUCUCUGGUUGAAUGAGUUGUAUUCAGUGUGCACAGUUUAUCACUUGCUAAUUGAGAGACAAAGCAAAGCAGUAGGAGUCAGAGUUAAACUGCUUCAAUAGAAGAGUCAUGCCAGAGGCUGUCAGAAUGAAACCAGCUAUUUGGCCUUCCCCUUAAAAUCAGUUCCCCCUGUACUGUCUAGUGACAGUGAGCUCAGAAAGUUUACAGUAUUCUGAAAAUAGAUGAGACAAAAUAUAUACACGGUUGACCUUCUCUGCUGUGCUUUAAAUGACAGCAUUUCAAGACAAGGACAAGAACUGAUACAGUACAAAGCUCAUCGGAUACUGAAGUGCUGAAAGUGAACUAUAAUUUCCAGUUCUGCCCUAGGAGCCUAUUCCUGACAACUGACUCGAACACUGACGUACUGUGCUCUUUGUCUUGGGGCUCUAUUACAGUGCCUAUAUAGAGAUGCCUAGCUUGGGACUUCCCCUCUAGGUCCCCCACCCUGGUGUUGCCCUCUGGCUCAACCCCCAUCUCACUUACCUGGGCCACAUCCAGCAGGUAGAUCUGGAGGAAGAAGCCCAGAGCACUGCCUGUGAUCUGGUAGGGAGCCCCUCCAAUGGCAUAGCACAACUUCCUGCACACUGACAGACGGCCGCUGUCGUCCCUCUGCUGGAGAAUAGGGAGAGAAGAAGACUCACAUAGCAGGAUGAUAGGACACAAUGUUUUGUUAUACACUAAAUACAGAAAUGAAGAACACAGUGAAAGCACUGGAUUUUAAUGGGUUGCUAUUGAUACACAAUUUAGCUGUGUUGUGAUACAGGGCUUUUUGUAUGUCCAUAUCCAACUUGGACUUUGUAUUAAAAACUGACAAAAUGUUGGGGGCAUUUCAUUUCAAUAUAUUUAGCCAGGAUAGUCCACUCAGUAACAAUUGCCACUGUUUUCCAGGGAGUCCUGGGUUCCAUAUAAUCAAUAAAACAGAUAACACACCAUACACAGAAGCAUAUACAGCAUAUUCAUUAGCAUACAUACAAAAGCACAGCUAAAAUCACAGCACACACUUCAUACUCGGUAACAUACAUUCAAAACCACGCUCACAUUACAGCUACCUAGAUAUGUGUGCAGCUCUUUUGAAGGCGGACAUGCUAGCAAACUAUCAUGUGGAUAAGUCCAGGUUGUUCGAGAGCAAAAGGUACAAAGAACUGCCUUGGAAGGCCAUGUUUUUCACUGAUGGUUGUGCCAGUAGGUGCGGGUCUCAUUGGUCAUAGGCUUUGACUGCUGUGCCCCCGGAGGAUGGGUGGAGACUCCUACCUGAACAGGUCUGACAUGUAUUCAUGCAGUUUGUGCUGUGUCACCUUGAUAAGUCCCUAGGGUGUUGUAAUGGAUCCAGUCAGUCAGUGGUUCGAUUCCAGUUUUUGGCAGAAAAACCUCUGUGUGUGUUAACAACAAUAAUAAUAAUAAUAAUAAUAAUAAUAAUAAUAAGCCAUUUAGCAGACGCUUUUAUCCAAAGCGACUUACAGUCAUGUGUGCAUACAUUUUUACAUAUGGGUGGUCCCGGGGAUCGAACCCACUACCCUGGCGUUACAAGCGCCAUGCUCUACCAGUCAUGAUACAAGCAGCCCUGUUGAUGAUACGUUGUAGCUGGUUAAGACCGGUCUUAUUAAACUGAUGUAGGGUGGGAAGCAACACUGUGGCGCAGUAGUCCAGGUGAAUUGUUAUCAUGGUGUGGUAAAUGGUGUGGAGGAUGUCCUUGGAGACAAAGUCCCUUGCCCUUUUUAGAGCGCCAAGCCCAGACAGCAAUUUCCCUGUGACCAGGCUGGCGUGUUUAGACCAGUGUAGGUCCAACUUCAUCCCCAGGUAUGGCGUUUACUUGUUCAUAAGUGUUUUGUCCGUAUGUUACUGUGAUACUUUUGCCUGUGUAUCUCAGCUUUUAUGAGUUGCCAAACAACAUUGUCUUGGUCUUCUGAGGGUGUAUGGAGAGCUUGUUGUUAGCGAACCAAGAUACUGCCCUCUUGAUGUCGUUUGACACUGCCUCCUCACACUCCCCGGUGGUAUUAGCUGAGUAGUACAGGACUGUCUUCUGCAUAUAUACACUACCGGUCAAAAGUUUUAGAACACCUACUCAUUCAAGGGGUUUUCUUUAUUUGUACUAUUUUCUACAUUGUAGAAUAAUAGUGAAGACAUCAAAACUAUUGAAUCAUGUAGUAACCAAAUAAGUGUUAAACAACUUAAAAUAAGUUGUAAGUCGCUCUGGAUAAGAGCGUCUGCUAAAUGACCAAAAAAAAAAAAAAAAAUUUUUUUUAAAAUAAUAAAAAUAAAUAAAACAUUAGCCACCCUUUGCCUUGAUGACAGCUUUGCACACUCUUGGCAUUCUCUAAACCAGCUUCAUGAGGUAGUGCAUUUCAAUUAACAGGUGUGCCUUCUUAAAAGUUAAUUUGUGGUAUUUCUUUCCUUCUUAAGGAGGGGGGGGGGGGGGGGGUAUACAUAAGAUAGCCCUAUUUGGUAAAAGACCAAGUCCAUAUUAUGGCAAGAACAGCUCAAAUAAGCUAAAAGAAACGACAGUCCAUCAUUACUUUAAGACAUGAAGGUCAGUCAAUACGGAACAUUUCAAGUAACAGACACAUCUCAACAUCAACUGUUCAGGGGAGACUGUGUGAAUCAGGCCUUCAUGGACAAAUUGCUGCAACAAAAAAAAACACUACUAAAGGACACCAAUAAUAAGAAGAGACUUGCUUGGGCCAAGAAACACGAGCAAUAGACAUUAGACCGGUGGAAAUUUGUUCUUUGGUUUGGAGUCCAAAUUUGAGAUUUUUGGUGAGACGCGGUGUGGGUGAACGGAUGAUCUCCGCAUGUGUAUUUCCCACUGUAAAGCAUGGAGGAGGUGGUGUUAUGGUGUGGGGGUGCUUUUCUGGAGACACUGUCUUAUUUAUUUAGAAUUCAAGGCACACUUAACCAGCAUGGCUACCACAGCAUUCUGUAGCGAUAUGCCAUCCCAUCUGGUUUAGGCUUAUCAUUUGUUUUUCAACAGGACAAUGACCCAACACACCUCCAGGCUGUGUAAGGGCUAUUUGACCAAGAAGGAGAGUGAUGUAGUGCUAAAUCAGAUGACCUGGCCUCCACAAUCCCCCGACCUCAACCAAAUUGAGAUGGUUUGGGAUGAGUCGGACUGGAGAGUGAAGGAAAAGCAGCCAACAAGUGCUCAGCAUAUGUGGGAACUCCUUCAAGACUGUUGGAAAAGCAUUCCAGGUGAAGUUGGCUGAGAGAAUUCCAAGAGGGUGCAAAGCUGUCAUCAAGGCAAAGGGUGGCUAUUUGAAGAAUCUCAAAUAUAAAAUAUUUUUGGUUACCACAUGAUUCCAUAUAUGAUUCCAUAUAUUGAUGGGCUUAUGUCUGUUAAAUUGUCUGUCCUGAAUGGUGUGCCCCAGGGCUCUGUACUUGGUCCUCUCUUUUUCACUAUUUAUAUUAAUGAUUUAGACAAAAAUGUCCAAAAUGCACAACUUCAUUUUUAUGCUGAUGAUACUGUUAUUUACUGUUGUGCCUCAUCUCUUACAAAAGCUUUCCAGAACUUGCAAACUGCUUUUUAUACUGUUCAACAUACCUUGUGUCAAUUGAAGCUUAUCCUCAAUACUGACAAAACUAAACUAAUGGUGUUUUCUAAUGCAAGAAAUAGACCUCUGAACCUUUCACCUGUUACUACCUGUCAGGGCAAGGAGAUUGAGGUUGUAACCUCAUAUAAAUAUCUUGGAAUUCUAAUUGAUGACGGCCUCUCUUUUAAAUUGCAUAUUCAACAACUUACAAAAAAAUUGAAGCUGAAAUUGGGAUUUUAUUUUAGGAAUAAGGCCUGUUUUUCUUUUGAAGCCAGAAGGAGGCUAGUAUCAGCUACAUUUAUGCCUUUACUAGACUAUGGGGACAUUUUAUAUAUGAAUGCUUCCGCUCAGUGUUUGAGAUCAAUUGACACUCUUUAUCAUGGUACUUUGAGAUUUAUUUUAAACUGCAAAACCCUUACGCACCACUGUACUUUGUAUACCAGGGUUGGCUGGCCUUCACUAGUCACUCGUAGGCUCAGUCACUGGUAUACUUUUAUUUACAAAGCCAUUUUGGGUUUACUACCUUUUUAUUUGGGCAUUUUUAUUGUUCAGAAAUGUGGUGGGUACUCUCUUCGUUCACUGGACUUUAUCCUGCUAACUGUUCCAAAUGUCCGAACUGAAUUUGGUAAAAGGUCUUUUAUGUACUUACAUUUACAUUUACAUUUUAGUCAUUUAGCAGACGCUCUUAUCCAGAGCGACUUACAGUUAGUACUCUGCGCCAUCGUCUUGGAACACCUUACAAAAUAAUUUUAAACUGGAAGAACUUGUCCCGAUUGGUGUUUUUAAAUCUCUGAUGAAGGAUUUUGAGGCUGAUUCCCUGACCUGUCAAUGUUUUUAAUUUGCUAUUUUUGAUAUUGUUAUACUCUUGUGAAUUCAUGAAUGGUUUUUACUAGAUUACUUGUAGUUUUUCAUGUUGUCUGUCUGUAAUUUUUUGUAAUGACUUGGUGCUGCCUAUCUUGGCCAGGACGCUCUUGAAAAAUAGAUUUUAAAUCUCAAUGAGCCCUUCCUGGUUAAAUAAAGGUAAAAAAAAAAAAAAAAAAAAAAAAAAAUUAUAUUAUUUCAUCAUUAUGUCUUUACUAUUAUUCUACAAUGUAGAAUAGGUGUUCUAAAACUUUUGACCAGUAAUAUAUGUAUGCUGCAUUUCUCCAGCACUGAUGGAAGGUCAUUAAUGUAAAUGCAGAACAGCAGGGGUCCAAGCACACUCCCUUGUGGUACUCCAUUCACCACAGGUACCUGGGCCGACUGCGUGCGCCUCAGUUUGGUGUACGGACUCCUCCCCUGUAAGUAUGAUGUGAACCACUUGAUUGCAGUGCUGUCAAAGCCUAGUUUCGCAAGCUUUCUCAGGAGCGUGCGGUCUGUGAACAGUGUCAAAAGCUUUCUUCAGAUCUAAGAAGAGUGCUGCUGUGACCUCCUGGCUGUUAAAAGCAUACUUGAAGUCCUCCACAACCCUUUGCACUGCUGUAGAUAUGCUGUGUAUCAUCCUAAAUCCGCCUUGAUAGGCUGUAAAUAGGCUGUUGAGUGAGAAAUAGUUGGCAACCUGUGUGUGCACCAGCCUUUCCAACAUUUGCGACUUUUAGAAGCCUAGGAGGAAUAUCGUCUGGCCCUGUGACUUUCUGCUGCGUCAUCUUCAGAAGUUCAUUUAGUACUGUUACUUCAACUAGCUCUAGCCAAAAACAUGCUCUGUGUCAGACAUAUGAAAGUGGGUAUUUGAGGGAGCCUGUAUUUAUUUAGUAAGCUUAGAUGCAAAGUAUUCAUUAAACGCUGCCAUUUCUAGAGGGUAAGAUGUUCGAGGCAUCCUGUCUAGAUAUACUUUGUACUUGGCAUGUUAUUUUUGCUUUAACAGUUAUACCAGUGAUUAUUUUCCACAUUGUUGUCUCCCUUGGAUUUUUGUAGAGUAGCUGAGUAACAGUUUUUUGUUUCCUUCCUUACUUUAGCAGUUAUGUCACUGGGCAGCCGCGAGCUGCCUUGUGACACAAGCCUACCAGACGAGCUAAAUCACUUCUAUGCUCACUUCGAGGCAAGCAACACUGAAGCAUGCAUGAGAGCAUCAGCUGUUCCAGAUGACUAUGUGAUCACGCUCUCCGUAGUCGAUGUGAGUAAGACUUUUAAGCAGGUCAACAUUCACAAGGCCGCAGGGCCAGACGGAUUACCAGGACGUGUACUCCCAGCAUGCGCUGACCAACUGGCAAGUGUCUUCACUGACAUUUUCAACAUGUCCCUGACUGAGUCUGUAAUACCAACACAUUUCAAGCAGACCACCAUAGUCCCUGUGCCCAAGGACACUAAGAUAACCUGCCUGAAUGACUACCGACCCGUAGCACUCACGUCUGUAGCCAUGAAGUGCUUUGAAAGGCUGGUCAUGGCUCACAACACCAUUAUCCCAGAAACCCUAGACCCACUCCAAUUUGCAUACCGCCCCAACAGAUCAUGCAAUCUCUAUUGCACUCCACACUGCCCUUUCCCACCUGGACAAAAGGAACACCUACGUGAGAAUGCUAUUCAUUGACUACAGCUCAGCGUUCAACACCAUAGUGCCCUCAAAGCUCAUCACUAAGCUAAGGACCCUGGGACUAAACACCUCCCUCUGCAACUGGAUCCUGGACUUCCUGACGGGCCGCCCCCAGGUGGUAAGGGUAGGUAACAACACAUCUGCCACACUGAUCCUCAACACGGGGGCCCCUCAGAGGUGCGUGCUCAGUCCCCUCCUGUACUCCCUGUUCACCCAUGACUGCAUGGCCAGGCAUGACUCAAACACCAUCAUUAAGUUUUCCAACGACACAACAGUGGUAGGCCUGAUCACCGACAACAAUGAGACAGCCUAUAGGGAGGAGGUCAGAGACCUGGCCAUGUGGUGCCAGUAUAACAACCUCUCCCUCAACGUGAUCAAGACAAAGGAGAUGAUUGUGACUGAGCACGCCCCCAUUCUCAUUGACGUGGCUGUAGUGAACAGGUUGAGAGAUUCAAGUUCCUUGGUGUCCACAUCACCAACAAACUAUCAUGGUCCAAACACACCAAGACAGUCGUGAAGAGGGCACAACAAAGCCUAUCCCCCCACAGGAGACUGAAAAGAUUUGGCAUGUGUCCUCAGAUCUUCAAGAAGUUCUACAUCUACACCAUCGAGAGCAUCCUGACUGGUUGCAUCACCGCCCGGUAUGGCAACUGCUCGGCCUCCGACCGCAAGGCACUACAGAGGGUAGUACAUAUGGCCCAGUACAUCACUGGGGCCAAGCUUCCUGCCAUCCAGGACCUCUAUACCAGGCGGUGUCAGAGGAAGGCCCUAAAAAUUGUCAAAGACUCCAGCCACCCUAAUCAUAGACUGUUCUCUCUGCUACCGCACGGCAAGUGGUACCGGAGCGCUAAGUCUAGGUCCAAAAGGCUUCUUAACAGCUUCUACUCCCAAGCCAUAAGACUCCUGAACAGCUAAUCAUGGCUACCCUGACUAUUUGCACUGCCCCCCCACCCCAUCCCCCUCUUAUACGCUGCUGCUACUCUGUUUAUUAUUUAUGCAUAGUCACUUUAACUCUACCUACAUGUACAGAUUACCUCGACUAGCCGGUGCCCCCGCACAUUGACUCUGUACCGGGACCUCCUGUAUAUACUGUUAUUUUACUGCUGCUCUUUAAUUAUUUGCUUUUCAUUUUUACUUAUCAAUUUUUUUACUUAACACAAAAACAAACAAAAAAACUGCAUUGUUGGUUAAAGGCUUGUAAGUAAGCAUUUCACUGUAAUGUCUACACCUGUUGUAUUCGGCGCAUGUGGCAAAUAACAUUUGAUUUGAUUUGAGACAUCUGUAUCCUUUCCAGUCAUUUUCAGCCUUUUUUUUUUCACCUCUUUUAGCUGAGCAGUAUUGCUGUGACUCAGGGUCAGUCAGAGAGAUGGAGUUACUUUUUGUUUCACUCUUCUCUGCCAGAGCAGUACAUGAAGGUUUGCGACCUGUAAGAAGGCUUGCCAGGCCUCAUUCACAUUGUUGCAUGAAAGGACUCUUUCCCAAUGGUCUGACUUGAGAGUAUGAAAGACUUCUGGUUAUAGCGUUUGAGAGAUCUGUGCUGUUGUGUUAAAACUCUCCCCUCCUCUAAUCUCCCUUUGAUGCAGGUCAUUAUGAUAUGGUCAGAUGGCCCCCAUGCUAAUGAACUCCUCAGCUUGUAAUGGUCAGGGUUAGAUACAUAGAUGUUGUCAAUGUAUGUUUCAGACGGUUCCGUUAUGCGAGUGGGUUCUCUUAUUACUGGCCACAGCUGAUAAAGUCCCAUAAGGUGUUCCACAGAUGAUUGUGCAUGUGUGCUUCAAGAGGUCAGAGUUAAAGUCCCCCAUUAUUGCCACCUCUGCCUUUUAUGCCUUAGCGGUCAUGUCUAUUUUAUGCAGGAAGGUUUCUGCUUGGGCAUGCCAUUCAGGGCCUGAGCUAGGGGAGCAAUAAACACAGGUCAGGAGUGUCUUGCGUGUUUUCUGUGGUCUUAUUUCUACAAAACCUAAACAUUGUGCUUUGGGUUAAGCCUCUGACCAUAGCUUUGUUUGUGACAUGAUUACCAUUUUAGACAGGCAUUUACUGGGUUAACUUGGGGAAUGGUUCCUGAUUUAAAAGCAGCAACUGUGUUGCACAACCUCUGCCAUUUGGAUUGCUCAGAUUUGCAAGACAGUAGCACAAGUAGAAGCACUGUCCAUGCUAUACAUUUUGUUCAUGGUUAAAGAUAAAAUAAAUAACCAAACUUCUUCCACUCUCUCACUUCAUUUUUUCUCCACUGUCCCACUUCCUCCGCUCUCUCUUUCCCACUGUUUGUGUUUAUCACCAGGUUAAGCAAAGCUUUACCUUGACAGCUGAUUGUGUGCAGAGGGCAUCGGCCCGGCCGGCCAUCCAUCUCCACAAGGUUGAGCUGCCGAGGAGGGAGAGCAGUGGCCGCUAG